GUUGUUUUUGUAUUCGAACUUAAUAUUUGUUUUCUUUUUUAACCAGGCAAUAAUAUACCGUAUAUAACGACAACUAACCUUGCGCUGAGGGUGAACGAAAAUGCCACAAUUGGUACUGAUAUUGCUACAAUUCAAGCGGAAGAUGUAGAAAAGGACAAAUUAACAUUCAGCCUGAGUGAUACAAUUAAUAAGAUCUUGGAAAUCGGGCCAGAUUCCGGGAUAAUUAAACUCAAAGGAAAAGUUAAUAGAGAGAUUCAAGACAAUUACGAGUUCACGGUAUAUGUUGAAGAUGACUAUAAUGGAGGCGGACCAGCCAGAAGGGGUUCCAAGAAUUUCUUUUUAAUAGUAGACGACUACAACGACAAUGCUCCAGUCUUUACGGAGCAACCUUACAUGGCCAAGAUAGCCGAGAAUGCAAGAGUUGGCACCACGAUCCUAAAAAUCAGCGCGAUUGAUGCAGACUCCGGCACUAAUUCGCAGGUCCAAUACAAAUUCAGUAACGCCACAGCGACACAGACACAAAACGUCAUUCUCAUCUCGUCUUGGCAGACGCCGUUUUUCUCGCUCAAUUCUGUGAAUGGUGAGUUGACGCUAGGCGGCCCACUGGAUUUCGAGGUGGCUCGCAGCUAUAUGCUUGUGGUGAUUGCCGAGGACCUGGGCGUUCCCAAGCUGGAGUCAAGAACGACAGUGAUCAUAGAAGUGACGGAUAUAAGCGAUAUGCCACCGAGGUUUCUUCAGUCUUCCUACCUCAAGGAGAUUGAAGAAAACACGCCAAUAGGCAGCACAGUGGUGACUGUGGAGGCGAGAGAUGGUGACGUUGGCAUCAAUAACCCGAUACUGUAUGAAAUAAUAUCAGGUAACUCGGACGGUGUAUUUACGAUUAAUAGCAACACAGGUGUCAUCACUGUGAACGGAUCCAUCGACGCCGAGAAAACAGACGUGUUCAGGAUCACAGUAAAGGCGUCAGAGGUCCCUGACCCAAACUCUAACACGACAGUGACCGUCGUGGUCACAGUAGUGGACGUGAACGAUAACAGACCUGCGUUCUUGCAGUCCGUGUAUAUCUUCGAUGUCCGUGAGGACGUGGCUCUGCCCGGACGUGUCGUGUCCGAUCAACUCCAAGUCACCGACGGCGAUAAAAACCCCGUUUUUCGCCGGGUGUUGUACCAUUUGGUUGGCGCAGACAGCGUUAAGUUCGCCAUCGACCCGACUAGCGGGACCCUAUACAUCAACAAAACGCUUGACUACGAGAAGCAAAUAAACUUUACUUUUGACGUUGUGGCGACUGAGACGGACACAAGCGAGAAGUUCUCGGCGAACGCAUCCGUAACGCUAACGCUCAUUAAUAUAAAUGAUAACAAACCCAUGUUCGCUAAAUCUUCUUAUAACUACACGAUGGACGAGGAGAUCACACCAGGGACACACAUAGCUGAUAUCACGGCCACGGAUGCCGACCUUGGGACGUUCGGUGCGUUGACGUACGAACUGAGAGGGGGUCAGGCAGCAUACUUUUCAGUCAACGCCGAUAAUGGCACAAUCAGUGCAGCGCAAAUACUUGACUACGACACCCUCCCUCAGUAUCAAUUCUCACUUAUGGCCAAAGACGGGGGAGGCUUCUAUCAGGAAAUUGCCAUAGCAACCGUGACAGUUACCCUUCAAGAUGUGAACGAUAACGACCCAGAAUUCACCGGGAUGCCGUACACUAGUGACAUUGCCGAGAACCUGCCUGCUGGUACGAUUGUGUUCCAGGUCACCGCGACCGAUAAAGACAGCGGGGAGAAUGGGCGGCUGUCCUUCAACAUCAGCGCGAGAGAUGAUGGCGGACAUUUCUCGAUUAACGGAAGUGGCCUGGUAACAACAGCUAGGGAACUGGACAGAGAGACUAUUGCUACAUACACACUUACGGUCUCCGCGUAUGACCAUGGCGUGCCAAGUCGUCACAGAGACGUCCAGCUUACAGUCAACGUGCUCGACGAGAACGAUAACACACCACAAAUCACAGAUGGCCUGACCAUCACAACCAACAUCAGCGAGGGUGCGGGUGGCGGGACCGUCCUCCUCUCCUCCAUAGCAGCCGUUGACCCAGAUGCCGGAAGUAACGGUCAGCUGACAUACUCAAUGUCUGGCGGGGACAGCCGGUUUACUCUCAACAGCGCUACCGGUAGGCUCCAGAUCUCCCCGGCCGGGCUUGACCGUGAGCUUAAGGACUCCUACGACCUGAUUAUUAAUGUCACGGACAAUGGAUCUCCUCCAAAUACGAACUCAACCACGGUCCACGUGACCAUUCUAGACGUGAAUGACAACACACCGGCGUUUGACCCGAACCCGGCCCAGUCCCUCGCGACAUAUGUGAUCACGGUUGACGAGGGACCGGGUACCAUUAACAAUACCUUGAUUGACAUCAAUGCUACUGACCCGGAUGCAGACGCGAACUGUAAAGUCGCGUAUAGCCUGUCGGGAGAUGAACAUGGGUUCUUUAACCUCGAUCCCGUGACGGGUGAGUUGUCUGUAAGGAAAGAAUUGGAUCGCGAGAGCCCCCAAAUGAGCCGGAAUGCUAAAGGCGACGGGAGAUUCCUUCUCGACAUAACAGCCACCGAUCAGGCAACUCCGAUCUCCGACAGAAAGUCAGCAACAGUCAGGGUGAGCAUCACUGUUAGAGAUAUAGAGUACAAAGUGAAAGUCAUCUACAACAUUACAGAUGGCGACGAGAACCGUAAGUGUGAAGUGGAAAAACUGGUUCGACAUUACAACUGACAUUAAGAGAACUGUGUACUGUGUUGUUUUGCGCACUGUUCCAAAUAACGACAUAAGAGAAAAAAAAAACAUGUCGUUAUGUUGUCAUGUUGCUAGUGUGCAUAAGGCAUUACAGUUCUCUGCAUUAGCAUUAAAAAGAGAACGUGACACGAAAUUCUCUUUUGCUUAUUUUGACAAAUUGUCUAGUUAGUAUAGUAGCGUAAUAUCUCAACAAUAAUUCCUCCAAUUUUCGAUACUUGAUUUAAACGGAAACCUGAUUUUUGAUCCUUUCAAAAUGAGCAAUUUUGGCAAAUUUUCGCAUGAAACCGGCGACAUUCGAAUAUCUAAUUUGCAUAUUACUUGUGACGUCAAGAGUUGUACAAGUGGGUGAUAAACAUUAGACAUUCCCAUACAAAAUAGGACCCCCCUCACCCAAAAUACACAUAUAAUUGACCGGGGAGCCCGAAUCUUCCCCAGGAAAAAGCUGAGUAUAACCUGAGCAAAGUAUCCAAAAGGAAUCCUGCAGCAAUUGGAGCGGUGAUUUUUAUUAAUAUUUUUUAUAAGCUUUUGAACACCAUUUGCGCGUGAAUCACCCAACUUUUCGGCAAACUCACUCCUUUUUCGAUCACAAUUGUGAUCAAAGCAGUAAGAUAUACGCUGUUAAUAAUUCCGAAACGAUAUUACGCAUCUAUGUUUUUGCAAAGCAGAAUGAAUAUUUUGAAAGCGUCUAUGCUUUCAAAUAAUACAGAGAAAAAAAUGUUCAUCAUUUUUUCGUCCAAUUACUUACUUAUUGCGAAUUAACACCACGUCAGGAGAAAAUGGCGUUUUGCCGUUUGGGAUUUUUUACUUAAAAUUGGCGAAAAUGGAGUGACAUUUACUAUAUUUUAAACGAAAUCAAGGGUUUUUUGUUAUACUUUAAGUAACGAGUUUGAAACUAACAAUAUUAGACAAUUUCUGCAAUCACAGCCUUUGUGCAGGCGUACAGAUAUUACACAAUUUGAGCGUCAGAUCCUUUCCAAUAUAAUGGAUUUCGUUGCUUUUUCACAUAUCCGUAACUUACUCCUUUGAGAGCCCUUCAGUUAUUUCAAUUUCCUCCACUUUAACAAAAAUUUGAUAUUCGACCCUUACCAUUUAUAACAAAAUGGCCAUACUCGAUCCUUCAACGAUUCAGUUCCUAAAGAUACAGCGAAAAUAACACUAAAGCACGAUUAAGUAAAGAUACUCCCGCAUUUCAAGGACACUUAACACAUUUUGUGUUCCUAAGGCUUUUCUUGGCGGGAGUCCUCAAUUUGAGGAGCUUUGGAUUUUUUGGGCCUUUUUACAUGUAAAAAGGAGCGAAACAACAAUUGUCUAGAAAA